GGAGGCCCGGCGGGUGUGAUGGCGGGCGUGAUGGCGUCCGCCCGGCGUGGCCGCCGUUGCGCUUUGUGCCUUUCCGGCCUGGUCGUGUUGUGUGUGGGCGUUAAAGGCGCCCGAAGCGAUUUGGCAGUGAGUGUCGAUGUGCUGUUCUGGACCCUCCUGUGCGGGUGAUGUCACCAUGACGUGAUGACCUCACAGAUGCCCUGGGGUGGGGCAGGGGCAGUGGGUCAGCGCGGAACCUGCUGGCCCCAUUCUGCGGGUGGUGCUGGUCCAGCGAGGAGCUGUGCGAGUGGUGCAGUAAUGCGGGCCCAGUGUGUCAGCAGAAGAUUAAGGGCGGUGUGGCGUGCGAAGCUGGUGGAGGAGGAGCUGCUGGCUCAUGCGGCCGUGGAGAAGUGCAAGGCCGUGGCCAGGGAAUCCUUGAUGAAGGAUGCCCAGAAAUUACGGGCAGAAAGAACAGCUGCCAGGAAAGAGAAGCUGAAGCAGGAGAAGCAUCUCGUUGCCCAGCUGGAAGAGCAGCUGCAGGCUGAGACAGAGGAGAUGGAGGUGCUGCGCCAGGAAAAACAGCACCUGCAAGAGGAGCGGGAGGAGCUGGAGCUGGAGGGUGCCUGGCAGCAGCAUCAGCUGGAGCUGGAGGCAGCCCACGUGCCUGGGGCUGUGCUGCCGAAGCUGGUGGAGGCAGAGCUGGAGAAGAAGGAGCAGGCGAGGAGACGAGGGCUCGCCUUCUGGAUGAAGACAAUCUGCCUCAUCUUCGUCAGCCUCCUGCUGCUGCUCGUUGCUGUGCUGGGCUCUGCAGUGCUGUACGCCCAGCACUAUGACCAGGAGCUGUUGUAUCGGCUCCUGCUGCGAGUGCUGCCCCAGGCAAUGUACGCUUCCCCGGCGUACUUUGCGAGCAGGAGCCUGCGUGUCGUCUGUGAUGGGCUGCUGCCCAUCUGACCGCCCCUCUCAGUCCCCCCUCCCAGCUCGGGGCUGCGCAGUGGUGGGGUGCAGGGAGAGAGCUCUGUCCCCACGGAAGGGGCCUCUCCUGUGCUCCUGCCCCCAGGGGCGCACAGGCACAGCUGUGGGGCAGUGCCGGCAGGCGGCUGAGUGCUGGGACUUUGGACUUACAAAUAAGUUGGUACUGUCGUCGUCAACUGAACACCACCACCUCCGACGACCCAUCAGACUGAAGAUGUGCACCUGACGCCAGGACGUGGCUUCUUGGAUUCUUUGAGACUUCGUAGCAGCCAUUUCCUUCAGCUGGUUACCUGUAAGGCUUAUGAAUUGUAAUUAGCCCAUUAGGCAACGUUACCUCCAGUGGGCUGUUGUCAGUUGUUAAGAAUGCUGUCAAUAAAUGGAUGUGUAUUAAUCCUCUGAGUUUGGAUGACUCCAUUGCGGCAGUGACCCUUUGCUGAC